AUGGCUGGGAGCGCAAGAUUAAUGGCAAUAAUCCGGGGUGAGAUUGUUGGAGCCAAAAUAACUGGGAUAAAUGGAACUGAAACAACAAUAAUAAUAACCCGAGUUGGAGACCGUGGAAUCAAUUCUGGCUGGAACCGCUGGAGCGACAACCAUGGCCAUCACAUUCGACCUAGUGCAAACAAGGGUCCAUAUUUUGUCUGUGACUACAAAUUCAUUAGUGGCCCUAAUGAAAACGACGAAGGUAAUAAUAGGCUUGAUUACAAUCACUUUCACAGUAACGAACAAUAUAAUAACCGUAAAAAUGAGGCCAACAAUCUGCCAGUGAAAAAGUCAUCCAAAGAAAUGAGUUUGUUGAUAAGACGAUAG